AUGGGGAAACUGCGCUACUCGGUCGCGGCUUGUACGAGCGCAGACGCGACUGUUGCGGCGUCAGACGGUGCAGAACAGGUCCCUACGUCGCUGCGCUACAUGACUGCCAGGAACUGCUCGUACCCUCAGGAGAUCGUGCUGCAGCUGAAAGACGGACGCUGUCGACUCACGCACGUCCAGAUCUUGUCCCACGAGACGCACAUUGCGCGUAAACUGGAGCUCUUCGUGUCCCCAAGUCUCUCGUUCGAUACGAACAACGACAAAGACGUUGGUGACGUGAAUCGCUUUCGUCGCUUGGGCUUCGUUCGGCUCAAACCGAAUACUGAGAGCACGUACAGAGCCAGAGAGCUCAAGACGGCGCACGUGCAGGCUGAAGCUGCGCUGUUGAAGCUGCGGAUCCACGACUGCUACGUGAACGAACACAAUCGGUACAAUCAAGUGGGCAUUAUGGCCAUUCAUGUCUAUGGCGAACCUCUGAGUCUGCUGACGAGCUGCUUGGCGGAUGAAGAAGUUGGUGCUCGAUCGUUUGUAGACGAGGAGAAUGUUAUGCGUGAUGGGACGAUUGACUGGCGCCGUUGGACGAAGGUGGGCGCUGAAAUGGCUGCCAGGAUCCGUGAGAUUCAAGUAGCAAAAGACCGAGCGGUUGAUAUUGAAGACUACGACCAAGCAAAGAUUCUGAAACAACGAGAGGAGAAGCUUAGGAGCUUUGGACUGGAGCUCGCGAGACUUGAAGCGCAGAAGAGAGAGGCUGCGGCUAUGGAAGACUAUGACAAAGCCAAGAAGAUUAAACAGGAGAUUCGGAGGCUCGAGGCUAUGGUCAGCAGUAACGAGAUGCAGCCGGUUUUGCCGAUACCGACAACGAGUGGCUUCCUCACAAAGAGUCAAGCGAUGCCGCAGUGUCAAGUAAUGCACCGCUCAUUCUUAAAUUCCUCGUCGCGAGAUACGUACCUUGAAGUAUCGCAGGUUGUGAAGAAGGGAAGUUUGUAUGACGAAGGCCACAGCGUCCUACGUCGUUCUGCCCAAGGAUGCUUUUCUGAGUAUAAUGAGCAGGAAUCUGCACGUGGUCGUGACGAUGCUGAACAGGGGGAUGGCAAACGUCGAUCUUUGAAUCCUCAUUUCGAAAGAACCUCAGGUGCUGCUAAUUUGCCCGAACCAGACGAACUUCCUGCAGAACUUGCAAAAGAAAGCGAGAAGCUUGUUUCUGUGAUUGGAUCGUUCUCUACACGAUGUUUAUAUAGCAACUUGUGGAACCAUCGGGAUGCAGCGAUUCGAAAAGUUACAAUGGAGAUGAACAACUACACUGCCGAACCGAUCGAGGUACUGGAGGUGUGCUCUUUUUUAGCUCAAAGUGGCGUCGGAGACCGCAUUGCACAGGUCGCGCUUGCUGCUUUUUGUCUGGUCGAUCGAAUGGUGUCGUUUGGUGCGAGUAUUCGCAAAGAUGACAUGUGUCGGAUCCUAGGUAACACGAUGACUCAAAUCGUUAACAAGCUGGGUGAACCUCAUGCUAAGCUUCGCAAGAAAGCAGUGGUGGCGUUGGAACAUUUAGCAGCUGCUGAAAAUGUUGGCGUGGCUUUUGUCGCAUUGCAUCUCUCGAAGUGCUCGAACACGCAGCCAGGGCUGAAGCUUUUGCAGGGUCGACUACUUGUCUUGAAAAAGCUACUUGCGGCAUUCAAUCUAGUGCCGGGUACCGUCUUUACAGCAUCUGGCAUCAUGGCGUUUCUUGAAGGCUGCAACUGCCUAGCACAUCAAAGCCGUGAGAUUCGGGAAGCUGGAAAGGACAUUACUGUGUUGCUGUAUCGUGUCGUCGGCAACGAGGUACACGGGUACUUGAAAUCUCUCCGGCCAAAGCAGCUAGCUGACUAUCAAGCAGCGUUUGAUGCAGCCGAAACUGCGAAGACUUCGAACCCUGAUGGCAGUUUUGCAUCCGUUUUAACUGCUGGCUAUAGCACAUGUCGACUGGACAAGCUAUCAUAUGAGCCCAAGAUACAAUUCGAGCGUGGAGUGGAGGACGUAGUCGGCAAAGAAGACGGGGAAUUGAUGGGCAAGCAUACGUGCCCUUUCUGUGGUGUCGUGAACGAGAAUUCUGAUACAGACCAACAUUUUUGGAAAUCGUGUAAAAUGCUUACGCCAUGCAAGAUGUGUGGCCAAGUGAUUGAGAUAUCACUGCUGACUGAUCAUCUGCUUACGGAGUGCGAGAUGCGGCAGAAUUAUCGCGAGUGUCCCCGUUGUGGCGAAGCCAUUAUCAAUAAAUUCUUUGAGCGGCAUGUGUCUCUUAACGACUGUCCCCUUCGUGUACUGUGCGGAAACCGCUGCCCACUCUGCCACGAGGAUACUGCUCCUGGCAAAAAUGGUUGGCGACAUCAUCUACUAGACGAAGGCUGCCCGAGCAACCCACGGAGGUAA